CAGAAAACAAGAGCACUUCUUGCUCAGUGGCCACUGAAAAGUAUUAGAUAUUAUGAGGUAUCAGAACCAGGUCACUUUAACAUUGAAGCAGGUCGAGUGGCUCCCAUGGGGGAGGGGCUGUUCAGUUUCAGGACUCGGAGAGGAGAAGAGGACUCCAUGUAUGACCUUGUGGAUAGCUACAUCGUUAACACCCUUGAUAGGGUCAAGGUGAGAGUUCAGUUAUGUCAUCUCUGCUCCGUGUUUUCAUCUCAUGCAUUGCCCAUGCAACUAAAAAUUCUGUUUGUUUUGUUAUUCUUCCAUAACAGCUGUCUUUAAAAAAUAUCAGGUCACAAGAAGGGAAUGGCAGAAUACAAGUUUAGGGCAGUAAUAGGCAAUCCUCAGCUUGUUCAUAGAAUAGAUAUACCUAUUUAUUUUUGUUUAAACUAAUCUAUAUUGAAAUGCGGCUUCAAAAAUAUUUUUAUAGCGGAUAUAAUUUAUAAAAUGGCUCCUUACUCAAUAGAAGGUUUCCAAACCCUGGUUCAGUUCUCCAAACUGAAAGCAUUGGCCUCCCUAAAGGUACCUUUACCAUUAAAGAGGGUUUCACCUGUGUCAGCAGAAAUGUAAUAUACGCGAUUGUUUGCCGUAGAUGCCAAUCUAGUUACAUAGGGGAAACUGGGAGAAGAUUGGCUGAUAGGUUUACUGAACAUCUAAGGGAUGGUUACAUCCAAUGCACCUUUAUGUUCAUUUCAACCAAAAAGAACAUAAAGGUGCAUUGGAUGUAACCAUUACGGCACUGAUUUCAUGCAGUAACACACCAGAUAGGGUUAAAAUGGAAAAUAAAUUUAUUCAGCUGUAUGGCACCAUGUCUCCAUAUGGUAUUAAUCAAAUAAUAUCCUACUGAGGUUUCUCCGUUUCCCUAUAUUUCAUCUAUUUUCUCAUUGUUGUGUGUUGAUGUAUCCCUGGAUAUUCUGGUCCAUUAUUAUUGUGGACUUUAUUUUUCACAGUGUCAAUAUUUAUAUUCUCUUGCUUCCUGUUUUCCCACUUCCGGAGACACGAAUGGAUACUGCUUGAGUUGUCUACUGUGCUCUUUUCUUUGUUAUAUUUUCAUUUCUAUUGUUGGCUGAGGAAGGCUUUAUGCCGAAAUGUCCUUGUUUUUUGUCCUGUUACCUUAUUUCAAGCUUCCACAUACCUCGUUUCACUAUUUCAUUCAUUUACAUAGCUUGAAAGCAGUCCUUUCAUUUAUUUCAGUUCUCCAUCAUUUGAACUUUUCUUUUGUGGCUUGACUCCUGAACAGGGAACUCAGUUACACACACACAAAAACAUUCUAAACUGUUUAUUGUAUGGGGUUAUAUGUGGCUGACUGAGUUGAACUCAAGGUGUUUGUUAUACUGACUCCCCCAAGGCCCCACCCAUUGAAUCUCCCAAGGCCCCACCAAUGGAAUCAUGCAAGGCCCCACCUACUGAAUCUCUCAAGGCCCGACAAAUGGAAUCAUGCAAGGCCCCACCUACUGAAUCUCCCAAGGCCCCACCAAUGGAAUCACGCAAGGCCCCACCUACUGAAUCUCCCAAGGCCCCACCAAUGGAAUCAGGCAAGGCCCCACCUACUGAAUCUCCCAAGGCCCCACCUACUGAAUCUCCCAAGGCCCAACCCACUUAUUGAAGAGUACCCAUGUGAGAGAACAGAGUUAAAGUAUUUUGAGGUUUCUCGGGGUCUGCUUUUUUAAAAAAUCUUUUUAUAGAGGAUUUAUUUAUUUUUUAUACAGCCAACACAGAAAGGAACCCCCGAAGAGAUUGAAGAUUACAUCAGAGAACACGACUGUCUACACUCAUUGACCACCAUCAUUGUAUGUCCACCCAGAGAGCCAGAGAUAAGGAAUAUACUCUCCAGAAACUGGAACAUUGGGUCACCGGCACCUGGUUAGAUUUUUUUUAUAAAUUAGUUCUCUAAACAUUUCUGCCAGCAGCGGUAAAAGUUUUUAAAUAUUUUCCUUUACUCACAUCACCAUCCUCUUUACAAACCUGGUGAAGUCGUGGGUAUCAGACAACACCGGCCGCCCACUUGGAACUCCCUGGUGAAGUCGUGGGUGUCAGACAACACCGGCCGCCCACUUGGAACUCCCUGGUGAAGUCGUGGGUAUCAGACAACACCAGCUGCCCACUUGGAACUCCCUGGUGAAGUCGUGGGUGUCAGACAACACCAGCUGCCCACUUGGAACUCCCUGGUGAAGUCGUGGGUGUCAGACAACACCAGCUUCCCACUUGUAACUCCCUGGUGAAGUCGUGGGUGUCAGACAACACCGGCCGCGCACUUGUAACUCCCUGGUGAAGUCGUGGGUGUCAGACAACACCGGCCGCCCACUUGGAACUCCCUGGUGAAGUCGUGGGUGUCAGACAACACCGGCUUCCCACUUGGAACUCCCUGGUGAAGUCGUGGGUGUCAGACAACACCAGCUUCCCACUUGGAAGUCCAUGGUGAAGUCGUGGGUAUCAGACAACACCGGCUUCCCACUUGUAACUCCCUGGUGAAGUCGUGGGUAUCAGACAACACCAGCUUCCCACUUGUAACUCCCUGGUGAAGUCGUGGGUAUCAGACAACACCGGCUUCCCACUUGUAACUCCCUGGUGAAGUCGUGGGUACCAGAAAACACCAGCUUCCCUCUUGUAAGUCCAUGUCUGGCCGGUUAGGGUAUCAGACAACACCAGCUUCCCUCUUGUAAGUCCAUGUCUGGCCGGUUAGGGUAUCAGACAACACCAGCUUCCCACUUGUAAGUCCAUGUCUGGUAGGUUAGGGUAUCAGACAACACCAGCUUCCCACUUGUAACUCCAUGUCUGGCCGGUUAGUGUAUCAGACAACACCAGCCGCCCACUUGUAAGUCCAUGUCUGGCCGGUUAGGGUAUCAGACAACACCAGCUUCCCACUUGUAACUCCAUGUCUGGCCGGUUAGGGUAUCAGACAACACCAGCUUCCCACUUGUAAGUCCAUGUCUGGCCGGUUAGGGUAUCAGACAACACCAGCUUCCCACUUGUAACUCCAUGUCUGGCCGGUUAGGGUAUCAGACAACACCAGCUUCCCACUUGUAACUCCCAUGUCUGGCCGGUUAGGGUAUCAGACAACACCAGCUUCCCACUUGUAACUUCAUGUCUGGCCGGUUAGGGUAUCAGACAACACCAGCCGCCCACUUGUAACUCCAUGUCUGGCCGGUUAAAAUGCUAAACUAAAAGCUAUGAUGGAAGUUUUGGCCACUCAAUAGGAAAAGCAUUCAAAUAACUUUAGAUGUGUUGAUUGGAUUGUGUUUGACAUUUUCAAAGAAGCACCAUUAUUUAUCACUGUAACAGCAACAGUAUAACUUUGUUUGUGUUGUUUUGAUGUUGGAUGGAAUCAAUUGAGACAAAUGUAUAGAUAUAAUUGAUGAGUUGUUGCAGCCAUGUUGGAAGAGGUCGUAUUAUGAUUCUGUGCUAGAGUAAAGAGUGUAAUAAUUGUGGGGACGGUAGAAAAUAUAUUUAUUUUAUACAGAAGUGAACGGUUACAAUCGCUAUAAAAUAAAAAAAAUUGGUGUAAAUAAUUUUUCCAAAGCUGUUCCUGUAUUUCUAUUGGAAAAAAUGCUUUACACCCACUAAUUACACUCACUAAUUACACCCACUAAUACAUUUUAUAAGCAAUUAGAAUUUCCUAGUUUAUUUAAAAAAAAUUCAUCAAAUUUUUUUGUGCUAUCAUGGGCUCCUGUCUUAUAACCCUACUGUAACCUACACAACAAUAAUGAAAUGGGCUUGGCUAAACUAUAACUUGUUAAGUCUAUUUCAUUUAACACUAUUCCAUAACUUGUUGGCCUAUCUCAUUUAACUCUAUUCCAUAACUUAUUUGUCUAUCUCAGAGGAUUCACAGAUGAGAUCAACAAGGGCAAGAGACAGGUAAGUUUUCUCGUUGUUAUGUCUCUAUUCCAAAACUGAAUAAUAAUUUUAAUUCAUUGAAUUUUUUUGGAGGAUUUUAACUCUAAUACUUGGUUGUUUUUCAUAGUUUUCAUUUUGAAUUAGAUGUAAAUAAAGAAGACAUGCUUGGUAAUUUUAUUUUAAAAUAUUUUGUUGUUUUUUUGUUAGCUUAUUGUGAUCUCAUCUGCAUUAAUUUUAUUCUGCCCUCUCCCAUUUCUUUGGUGGCAUUUUAAAUGCUGAAUUAUUUCAUGUAUUCUUGCUUCAAAACUUAAAUUUGAUUAAAUGAUUCUCAAAUUGUGAUUUUUAUAAUUACUUUUUCAAUACUUCAGAGAUCAGCCCUCAUCACAAGGCACUGUCCAGUCAUCGAGCCUCGUCAUCAAUUUGGAAAGGCCCGGUGAUUCAUCAACUGACCCAAGGAGGAACAGCUCUGAGAGUCGGUCAAAUGCCCCCGAAGAUCCAAGACUCAAUGACCGACGACCUCCUCUUCCCCGUGCUAUCAACAGCGGGGCUACUCGGCGCAGCAAGAGAAGAGAACACAGCCUCCCUAGGAAGGUGGAUGUCACAGAUGGCCAUGGGGUAAGAUCAACAUCACCAGAGAGGCUGCAGUCCAAAUCUUCCAAUGCUCAGCACAGAUCCAGGCAUGACAACAAAAGUCCUCAAGGUAAUCUUAGAGUUGACACCGACCUUGCUCAGAGCAACAACCCACAACAUCAGCACACAGAGUUUUACCAUCUCACGUCACCUAACAUGAAGGUCAGGGUCUCCAAGUCACCCAUUGUAGUGAAAAACCCCAACAAAGUAGGUCGGGCUGAAUAUUUACUGUCGCAGCAGCUCAGUGGUGUCAAGUCCCCAACUACAAACCUGUCGAUUGAUCAUCAGCCAGGUGGGUCAACAACUGCAGGAACUGUCACUCACUCAGAGAGUCCCAGCAUGGCCAGCCGGAAUGGUCAAUCAAACUAUGGGGGGCAUAACUCUCUGGACAGACAUUGGGAAAAAUUGAGGAAGGACCUGAGUGGAAGUGAACACAGUGUCGCCAGCAGUGCUAGUUCCUUUGCCACUCCGAGUGGAUAUAUCAACCUGCAACAAAACUCCGGCAGUAUCCAACAUCACAGGCAAAAGUCAGCACCAGAAGCUAUCCUGGGUGUGUCCAACCAUCAGUAUUCUCGUCACAACUCAAAAGACAGUAUUAAUCAUGAUCAUGGAUUGUCUCCCCCAGUUGUCCGUCACAUAAGGCAAAGAUCGGCUGAUGAGGUCAGUCACACAUCUUUGAGUAGUUCUGACCAAUACUACAACAUCAGCCGCCCCUCUUCUUCAGGAAACAGGGUUCAGUCGGAUCCAAGCCGGCAGGAAUCGGGUGAGGCCAUUUCAGAAGACUCACCUGAGUCAGGUGCCUUAGAUGUCAGCAGAACACUGGCCCAAAGGCAGGUUAGUGGAUAUUCUGGCCUGGAUCAGGUGGACAGUACUGUUGGUGACUGGCUGAUAUCUGCAAGUUGUGAAGAUCUCAGUGACCACAUGAGGACGGUCAUCUAUGACGAUGGUGAAGAUGAACACAUUGGAAAGGCCAAGAGAUUCCAGCAGGGCAGAUUGGCUGAGGAUGAUGGCAACACAACCCUUUCCUCUAAUGCUUCAUCCUCAUCCAGUGAUAAACCCCCACUGCCAUUCACCGGGCUCAAGAAAUUUCACGACAACACAGAUAUUAACGGAUACAGGGAUAGAAGUACAUCCUUCGGAUACAUCAAUGUACCGCACACUACUUCUGGUUCUAAGCCCCUGUCAUCCGCUCCAAGUGCUCAUCUGAUUAGGAAAAUGGUCAAUGCCAGAGCCAAGCAAGAAACAUUGAGAAAGUCUUUGUCUAAUCCGAACUUCCUAAACCUAGGCAGCAAAGAGCAUUUAUUUAACCUGAAGUCCAGCACCAACAAUGGCUCCUCCACAAAACUUGAUGCUCAGAACAAACAAAAGAGCAAAUCCUUCAGCAGCCUCUUUCCUGCCAUUAAAAAAGCUUUCAGUCGUGAGAGUCUCGGACACAGCCGCAGCACCACGCCUGAACGUAGAAGCAGCCGCAGCACCACCCCCGAAAGAAGGUCAAGUUUUAUUUUUAAAAGAAGGAGCAGCGACUCUGAGUCCAAUUUCAAAAGGCAAAACAGUUUUCAUUCCAUUGGUGAGAUGACCAUCAAGGGAAUUCGGAUGACAACCAGAAGCCGGUCAUUCAGGCGCGUGCGGGAAGCCAAAUCUGUUGAGGUUUUGUCCAGAACUAUAAAUGAUGCCGAUGACGUCAGUCGUUUUAGCUCCGCCACAACCAUGUCCACCCCAGCGGGAGCAAACUUCCACAAUGGAUCAGACGAUAACUACAGA